UCCUUUCUAACUCCCAAACGCAAAAAUACCCCCGCCACUGAUUAUCUCAGCUGGCUACUAUUAUAAGAGAGAGAGUGUGUGUAUUGCCGGGUUUUGCUCCAUUUCAAAAAGCAACUCCCUCUCUUAAACCCUAGUAAACCUCCAAACAACCUGGGAUAAUUUGCUGAGAUUUUGGUGAAUUUCAACUAUGGCGAAUGCGAUUAACCUUGAUCAAGAUCAACAAUGGCUUAUCAAUUGUUUGAAUGCUACACUUGAUACUGAUCACCAAGUUCGUUCGUUUGCCGAAGCUUCUCUCACUCAAGCGUCACUUCAACAUGGUUUUGGAAGUGCAUUGGCCAAAGUAGCUGCAAACAGGGAAUUGCCAAUGGGACUGCGCCAACUAGCUGCAGUUCUCUUGAAGCAGUUUAUCAAAAAGCAUUGGCACGAGGACGAGGAUAACUUUGAGCACCCUAUUGUUGCAAGUGAUGAGAAGGAAGUCAUAUGCAGACUUCUCCUGCUGUGCUUGGAUGAUACACAUAGGAAAAUCUGCACAGCAGUUAGCAUGGCUGUUGCUUCAAUUGCACACUAUGAUUGGCCAGAAGAUUGGCCUGAAUUAUUGCCUUUUCUGAUGAAAUUGAUUAAUGAUCAAACUAAUAUGAAUGGAGUGCUUGGUGCAUUAAGGUGCUUGGCCCUUCUAUCCGGGGACAUAGAUGAUAAAGCUGUACCAUCUUUGGUGCCUAUCUUGUUCCCUUGUUUGCUCUCAAUUGUCUCAUCUCCUCAGAUCUAUGAAAAAUCAAUGCGUGCAAAAUCUCUGUCAAUAGUCUACAGCUGUACAUCCAUGCUGGGUACCAUGAGUGGUGCCUACAAGGCAGAGACCAGCCAUCUGAUGUCACCAAUGCUUCAACCAUGGAUGGAGCAGUUUUCAGCUGUAUUAAGUCAUCCAGUGCAACCAGAAGAUCCUGAUGACUGGAGCAUAAGAAUAGAGGUUCUGAAGUGCUUGAAUCAAUUUGUUCAGAAUUUUCCGAGUGCUACUGAAAAAGAGUUCAUGUCUAUUGUCGGACCUCUGUGGCAAACAUUUGUGAGUACUUUAAAAGUAUAUGAGCAAUCAUCAGUCGAAGGUACUCAAGACUCUUUUGAAGGACGAUAUGACUCUGAUGGGGCAGAGAGAAGUCUAGAGUCCUUUGUUAUACAGUUAUUUGAAUUUUUGUUAACAAUCGUCGGCAGUUCGAGAUUUGUGAAGGUUGUUGCAAAUAACUUGCAAGAGCUGGUUUACUAUACAUUUGGAUUUAUGCAGAUUACAGAACAGCAGAUGAAUGCAUGGUCUCUGGACGCAAAUCAGUAUAUCUCUGAUGAAGAUGACAAUAUGUACAACUGCCGUGUUUCUGGUGUCCUAUUAUUAGAAGAGAUCAUCAGUUCUUGUGGCGAGGAUGGGCUUUGUGCUUUGAUAGAUGCUGCUAGGAGGCGAUUUAUCGAGUCACAACAACAGAAGGCUGAUGGUUUUGAAUUUUGGUGGAGGAUAAGAGAGGCUGUUAUUUAUGCUAUGGCAUCAUUAUCAGAUCAAUUGCAAGAAGCAGAGGUUUGUGGCUCUGAUGGAUUUGAUUUGAAGAAAUUUAUAGAGCAAAUGAUAAUGGAAGAUAUUGGAGCAGGUGUUCAUGAGUGCCCAUUUCUAUAUGCCCGCGUGUUCUCAUCAGUGCCUAAGUUCUCAUCUAUGUUGAGCCUUGGGGUGAUUGAACAUUUUCUUUUUGCUUCAUUGAGAGCCAUAGGCAUGGAUGUGCCGCCACCUGUUAAAGUUGGUUCCUGUCGCGUGCUUUCCCAACUGUUAUCUGAAGCAAACAAAGAGGCUCUUCAACCUCAGAUAUUGCAGUUAUUUUCAUCACUUGUUGAUCUACUUAAUCAUGCAUCUGAAGAAAGCUUGCACCUAGUACUUGAAACAUUACAAGCAGCUAUAAAGUCAGGUCAUGAAGCAUCUUUAUCCGUGGAGCCGAUUAUCUCCCCCAUAAUUCUUAACACAUGGGUCUCUCAUGUCUCUGAUCCCUUUAUUAGUAUAGAUGCCAUUGAAGUUCUGGAGGCAAUCAAAAGUGCUCCGGGUUGCAUCGAACCAUUAGUUUCUCGUGUAUUACCCUAUAUUGGACCAAUUCUUAGCCAGCCUAAACAGCAGCCCGACGGAUUAGUUGCUGGAUCACUGGAUUUGGUGACUAUGCUUUUGAAGAAUGCUCCUGGUCCGGUUAUCAAAGCAUUAUAUGAUGUUUGUUUUAAUCCUAUAAUACAAAUAGUACUUCAGAGCGAUGAUCAUAGUGAGAUGCAGAAUGCUACAGAAUGCUUAGCUGCUUUUGUAUGUGGUGGAAAGAGUGAACUUCUUGCUUGGGGUGGAGAUCCUGGAUUUACGAUGAGGAGUCUUCUAGAUGCUCUUUCAAGGCUUCUGGACCCUGAUCUAGAAAGCUCGGGAUCUUUUUUUGUCGGAAAUUACAUUUUGCAACUUAUUUUGAAUCUUCCUUCACAGAUGGGGCAGCAUAUUCAAGAUCUGGUCUCUGCACUUGUCAGGCGCAUGCAAUCUUGUGAAAUUGCUGGACUGAAAAACUCGUUGCUACUUGUUUUUGCCAGAUUGGUUCAUUUGAGCGCUCCAAAUGUUGGCCAGUUUAUUGAUUUGUUGGUCUCCAUACCCGGGGAUGGUGACAGGAAUUCGUUUGCUUAUGUAAUGUCUGAAUGGGUCAAGCAUCAAGGUGAGAUACAGGGAUCUUACCAAAUUAAAGUUACUACCACUUCUUUGGCACUUUUGCUGUCUACCAGGCAUGUAGAAUUGGCAAAAAACUUUGUUCAAGGCCAUUUGAUUCAGAGCACUGCAGGAAUAACAACACGUUCAAAAGCUAAAUCAGCUCCAGAACAGUGGACUGUGAUGCCUCUUAAUGCAAAGAUUCUUGCCUUGUUAGCGGAUACACUAAUUGAGAUUCAAGAACAAGUGACGGAGCAUGAUGAGGAGGAUAGUGACUGGGAGGAAGUUGAUGCAGGAGAUGCAGAUGUAGAUCAAAAUAUCUUACAUGUGGCAACUGCCAAAUCUUCUGGCAAACCUGCUUAUGAACAUCUUGCAGCUAUGGCAAAAGUAUUUGAGAACGAACAGGAUGGAGAUGAAGAUGAUCUAUUGAGCAGUAUCGACCCCCUUAAUGAGAUUAAUGUAGCAAAUUAUCUUGUUGAUUUUUUGGUGAAGUUCUACCAGAGUGACACUACGCUUUUUGAUCAGCUUUCCCAGAGCUUAACGCAAUCUCAACGGCAUGCAAUUCAAAUGAUUUUAAAUCAUUACCAAGGUAAUACUGCUUAAAAGCCUAGUUUGUCCUUGAUGCUGAUCUUCCUCAUACAUGCACACAUCGAAAAGAUUGGUUGCCUAAAGCCUUGUCAUAGGUUUCAACGGUUAAGGCGUUCCUAUUGUUUAUCAUGUAAUAUAUCAAGAUGUGGCUGUAAUAGAAUUGUAACUUGAUUUGCAUUGUAAUUGUUUUGUUAUUCAUUAUUUUCCCCCCUUAUAUUUUUUGGGUGGCUGUUUGGGGGAGGGGAUAGACGGGCGUGAGGCUAUUGUACCUAAAGAGGUCUAGCAGACAGUGUGGAUUACCGGAACCAUGUGACUUUGAUAUGUGAGAUUUUGUAUCCGUACUACUGCGAAAAAAUAUGGAAUUUAUGUAAAUUCUCAAUUGUACCAGAGCUGAAGAGCUUGUAAGAGUUGUAACGUAUAAAUAUAUUGGGCAUGGCAUAGAUCUGCUCUGGGGUUUAUGACUUGAUUCAAAUCAUCAAAAGAGAUGGAGUCGUUGGAGUUUUUUUUUUUUUUUAUUAACAAAUUUUGUUUUUGGU